AAUGGCUACCGACAUCAACAGUGAUAUUCAGAAAUUAACUGGUUUGUGGAAUGCACAUGGUAAAAAUGACCACAUUAAGCCCAUUGCAGAUAUGGAUAAGCAAGAAGUGUUGAAUUUACUUUGUAUCAUACUUGAGCUUUAUGAAAGCUCUUGGAGUUGGAACGUGGAGAAUAACGUUGAAAAUAGAAAGCGUAUUCAGAGUUGUUUGCGCAGAUUGAACUUGGAUUAUCUAAUUAAGGGCUCAACAGAAUUAGAGGGUUCUAACAGUAAAGUCACUCGACUGGUUGGUGCUCUCUGGGAGAAACUACAGCAAAAAUAUGGAAGUGGUGGUCUGAAACAGCGUUGUUUACAGGUUCAGAUGAAGAGACAAAAACAAUAUCAACAAAAGCAAGAGAAGUCUGUUGCAAAAAGAAAUGAAGAACAAGUAUGUGAAACCUAUGUGGUGUUUUCAAAGCAAUCUCUUGAGAAAAGUAGUCUCUUGGAACUUCAAAAAGAAGAGCAGUUUUCUUCUGCCGAUUCACAAGACCUGUUUAUUGACAGAAAAAUCCCAUCUGGAAAGGAGCUCCCUAGGACACCUGUCCUCCCACUUUCCAUAGAAGAUAGCUCAGAAAAUUUGGCUAAAAUAAAGAAAGCUGAUGAAGAACCUCAAGAUAAUGUUCUAGAAGUUCUUUCAACCCCUGUUGCUGUGGGUCAGAUUCUGCUAUCAGGAAAACAAGAUCAGGUUACUUUGGAAGGAAGUUUUGUUCUAACUGCAGAAAGCCAGAGAGUUGAUGCUGAAAUAAGAACACACAAAGUAGAACACACAAAAAACAGUGUAAACAAGAUAUCUCCUAAUGAAACACAAAUUGAUACACCCAUACAUUUUGAUAAAUCAGAUCUAACAAGACUUAAUCAAAAAGACUUGAUGAUAGGCUCUUCAACAGUUUACACCAAAGACAGAAAAAUUCCUAAAGGAAAAGAAAUCCCUAGAACUCCUAUUAAAGGUGUUUCAGUUCAGACAAUAUCAGAAAAAAAGUUGUAUAAUAGUCUUGUGGUAGAACCACAGAGCACACCUAAAUCUAGACAUGAAUUAAAAACAUAUACACAUGUAUCUCAAGAAAUUCAUCAGCUUUCACAGCAAGAUUUAAGAUUACAAAGUCUUCAGCUUCUCUGUCAAAAUAAUGAAGAUUUUUCCUCUCAGAUAUCAGAGUGUGACAGUACUGAGACUAAACAGUUACAGCCAAAUGACAGAGCAGGUGAACAAACUUUCAGAUGUCAGUCAAAAUCACCAGUUUUAAAAUCUUUUUUAAGAAAAAGCAAUGUUUCUUGUAUUAAUGGGGAGAUUUCUCACACAGGAAAUAUAAAGGUAGUUGAAGAACCAUCUGUAGAAAGCUGUAGGCUCCCUAGCAGAGUUAAUCAGCUAAAAAGACGGGAAAAUAAUUCCAUAUAUGCUUCAGAAAAUACAGAAAUUCAAAACCAAUUACCAAAGAUCAAAGAGGAGUCUGGAUCAAGAUCAAAAUUGAUUCCUAGUACCAAACAACAAGAACAACUGGAGGCAAGAAAGAAGGAAAGUGUAGAACCUGAUGAUUCAUCAGUUCAGAAGACACUUGUUGAAGAAGAUAAAACAUCAACUGUUAAAAGUAAAGCUCAUCAUGACAAUUUUGUUGAUCAACAUUCCAAUUCAAUUGUGGAUUUUGAAGCAUACAACUCAAGUGAUGCAGAGGAGGAUUCUCAGCUGUCUACAUGUCCUUCUAAUACUGUCAAUUUGAACCAAACAUUCACAAUAGAAGAUGACACUAGCUUUCUAAAAAAUAAAAAUAUCAGAAGAAUAUCUGAAGAUGUGCCAACAUCUACCAUUUCAAGCGGUAUUGGGGAAAACAACAUUAGAAAAAUAGAAACAGAUGACAGUGAAAAGUUUGGAUUAACAAAUGGCUGUCACUCAAAGAAACACAAGGUUGUUAGUACAUUUUCUCUAAAGGGACAAAAUCUUGGUAAAGAAACUGAGAAUAAGAGCUAUGUUUCUGACAGAAAACAAAUCCAGUGUGAAUCACCAACUGGUUCUAAUCUUGGUGUCAUGUACAAAGAAAGUUCUGUUGAUGUAAAUUGCAUGGGAAGGAAGGAUAAAACCAAAGAGGAACUGGAGACUUUCAGCCUUCUUAAAGAAAGCACUAGACACAUUUCUUCUCUUGUUGGUAAACCAAACAACAGGGGAAAGAAAAAAUAUGAGCCUUCUUUUGUGAACCAGUCUCUACUACAAACUGCUGAUAUCUCAGAAAAAUCAAAAUCUGAACAAAAACAAGUAACAAUGUCUCAAGGAAAUAAUGUCAACACCAUCAAAGAAGGAAAACUUAGCAAGCCAAAGUUUAAUAUUAUACCUGAACAUGAGAAAACAAAUGAAUUAAAUAUUAUCAAGAAAAUAGAAAGCUCUGAAGUUGGUCUUUCAAGAAAUGAAAGUGAGCUCGCAUCAAAAAAGACUUGUGUUAAAAAAACAAAAAAUAUUUGUACACAACUCAGUACACCUGAACAAGGUAUGAAAAUGAUAGCAACAAGGUCAAAAACUGCUUCAAGGAUAAUAAAAAAUACUUGUUCAAAAGUAGUAAUUUCACCUGACCAUGACAAAACACAAACGCUUAAAAGAACACAACAAAAUACUGACUCUAAACUGGAUGUUGAGUAUGACCAAGAAAAGUUAGAAACUACUGAGAAAAAACAAAGUACUAAUGAAGAACUAUUCAAUGCAAAUAACAAGAACAAGGUCAAACAAGAACGAAAAAGUAGAAAAACCAAACAAAACGCAGCAUUGGAAUUGAACAUUUUAAAAGAAGAGAAAAGCAUAGAACAAAGAAUUGGAAAUAAAGAAAUUAUUGGUACACUUCAAGAUACUAGCAACAAAGUUGAUUUUGUAAAUAACCAGGAGAAAGCAGCUAAUGGAAAUCAAAUGCUUGUGGAAAGUGUUAGAAAAACAACCCAAAACAGCAAGGUAGAAUUGACAAGUACAAACCCAAAGGAAACAUCAGAAAUAUCUAUUAAAAACGCAACAAGAUAUUAAACCUGAAUUGGAUAUUAAGGAUGACCACAAAAAACUGUCAGUUGGUAAAAGAACAAGAACUGCUAGAAGAACACAUGUAAUGAAUGUAACAGAACUAGAUAGUACAAAAGACCAGAAGAGAUUAACCUUCACAAAGAAAACAGGAAGAGUCAAUAAAGCACUAGAAAACAGAGAAGUCAACCUAGAUAUUACACAUAAACAGGAGAAUUUAACUCAACAUAUAGAGCUGAACACUACAGAUGUACUUCAUACAACUGGAGAAUUAGACAAUUUGAAUAACAGGAAUAACUUAAACCAGGAAAAUAAAGUAGGAUCUUUAAACAAAAUACAAAUUAGUGUUCUAAAAGCUGGCAACACAGCUGGUAAGGAGAAUAUGGCUCAAAGAAGAAGAGGGAGGAGUUCUAAAACUAAAGAUAAUGAAAAUCCUAAAUCUGACGUAAAACUUGUUCCAUCAAAAGAUGCCAAAUUUUUUGAAAGGAAUGAGGAACAACCUUUGUUGAAGAUGAACCAACUUUCUCAGACAAAGUUAGCAGACCUGGCGGAGUCUUUGGACAAACUUUCAACUUCAGGCAACACAGAAGCAGAUGAUCUAGUGAAGGAAUUUAAUGAACUGCAGUUAACACUUAACCCAAAUGAGGAAGAAACGGCAGUCACCUCUGAAACAGAAAGGCGAAGACUGGAGUCAAGGCUAAAUAGACUUCAGUUGAGGAUCAAACUCAUGGAAAAGAGGUCCAAGUUAUUACAAAGCAUUAACUAAUGAAACUAACAUGACACAAGAUUUAGACUGAAGACACUUCAAAUAAUUAAGAAAUAUUACGUGUUGUAAGAUUGCUCCUUUUAGAGUUGAUCAUCAAUUGAUUUUAGGUAUACAAUAUAUAAUGCUACAGCUGUUAGGUAAUUUUUAAAGCAAUAUUUUAUAUUAUGAUUUUUAUAUUUUUGAUUCUUAUAUACAAUCUUGUGGAAGGUUAAUAUCAAAGAAUGAAUUAGCAAACUUCUUUCUUAAAAAUAGAUGUAUGUUGUGUUUCAUGUCACAUUUAUUCUUUAAUGCUUACUGGUGUGUAUAAACAUGGAUAUUGUACAAAACUGAUAAUAUUAUAGCUGUUUCUGAUAUUAGUACUAUUGAUUUAAUUUUACUUGUAAUUUAGACAUGAUUUUGAAUCAUAUAAUUGUAUUCUUCUUCAAAGCAAAAGUUUUGAAUAAAAAUAAAUAUUUUGCUGCACUGAAUGAUAACAAGCUUUGAUUAUUAAUAAGUCAAAAAUGCCUACAAGACAAGUAAAGCUUUUUAAAUUUGAAUAAACAAUUACAUUCUCUAUUUUCUCAUACUUCAUCAUUAUGUAUUGAUGUAGGUGUUUUUUCAGAAUUCAAAAAUGGCAAAGCUGAGGUUAUAGCUGUGUUGUAUCUCAUGUCUCUUCACUUGUGCAUCUCAUGUUUUGUGAUUUUUUGAACCUGGAACUUUUAGUUAUUGUAGAUUUAGUGUAUUCUGUAACAUUUUUGAAUAGCUUUUUUUAAUUUCUUGUGAAUAAA